CUCGACUGUCUACCUAGAAUGGAGUCUAGAUUAGAGUUUUACUCCGAGCUUAUUCCGUCCCCCUCCCUCCUUCAGGAAGUUAAAGGGAGAGGGACAUCUCCCAAGCUUAGUGUUGGUGGCAUGUAUAAGGUUUAGGCUUUGGGAUGACAGCUCCUAAAAUGGCUUUGACUUUAAAAAGUUUUCAGUCCGGGAGCGAUUCAGGAUUCGGGCUUUCCUAUUAAAGAGAAAGGCCCAUUGUCCUACUGUAGCACCUGAGAGGUCUCACUCGUUCUGGGCCUCUUCAGCUUGUAGAAUAAUUAGAAUGAUAAACUGUUCAGAUUUGCUGUCCUCUUCUUGGAAUGACCCUUGAAAGGACCUCCAACUCAUCCUUCUGUUGCCGGGCAAGAUUGUAAUACUUUUGAUAACAACCUAUCAAACAAACAUUAGAACAGAAACAGAAUUACAGGUGAGAUCAGAUCGGGGAUGCUCUCAUAAUGAAUGUCAACCAGUCAGCUCCACCUGUUCCACCAUUUGGGCAGAACCAGCCUAUCUACCCAGGUUAUCAUCAGUCCAGUUAUGGUGGGCAAUCAGGACCUGCAGUCCCUGCUACUCCCUAUGGAGCCUACAAUGGCCCAGUGCCAGGCUAUCAGCAGACACCUCCCCAAGGUGUGCCGAGAGCCCCACCUUCCUCAGGGGCACCUCCAGCCUCAACAGUGCAGGCCCCUUGUGGUCAGAAUACAUAUGGCCAAUUUGGUCAAGGUGAUAUACAGAAUGGGCCAAGCUCUUCAGCUCAGCUGCAAAGGCUCCCUGGGUCUCAGCAGUUUGGGUCCCCAUUGGCCCCUGUCGUCAGCCAACCACCUGUGCUUCAGCCCUAUGGCCCGCCCCCAACAAGUACACAGGUGACUGCACAGCUGGCUGGAAUGCAGAUCACUGGUGCUGUGCCCCAAGCCCCUACCCCUUCUGGGUUGGGCUAUGGCCCACCAACAUCAUUGGCCUCAGCCUCAGGAAGUUUCCUUAAUUCUGGUCCAUAUGGCUCCUAUCCUCAGAGUCAGGCUCCUCCCCUUAGCCAGGCUCAAGGUCAUCCUGGAGUCCAGCCUCCCUUGCGAUCUGCCCCACCACUGGCUUCCAGCUUCACGUCCCCAGCUUCAGGUGGUCCUCGGAUGCCUUCCAUGACUGGUCCACUCCCGCCUGGACAGGGCUUUGGGAGUCUCCCAGUGAACCAGGCCAACCAUGUGUCCUCGCCUCCUGCUCAUGCUUUGCCCCCAGGCCCUCAGCUGCCUGGGCCCCCAGCACCACCACCACCUAUGCACUCCCCUCAGCAGCCGGGUUAUCAGCUGCAGCAGAAUGGUUCUUUUGGACCAGCCCGAGGCCCUCAGCCUAAUUAUGAGAGCUCAUACCCUGGAGCACCUACCUUUGGCAGUCAGCCGGGGCCUCCUCAGCCACUGCCUCCUAAGCGCCUGGACCCUGAUGCCAUCCCCAGCCCUCAACUUAAUGAGCUGCCUCCUCAGCAGAAAACCAGGCACAGAAUAGACCCUGAUGCCAUUCCUAGUCCAAUUCAGGUUAUUGAAGAUGAUAGGAACAACCGGGGUUCAGAGCCAUUUGUUACUGGUGUACGUGGACAGGUGCCACCUUUAGUCACUACCAAUUUCCUGGUGAAAGACCAAGGGAAUGCAAGUCCUCGGUACAUUCGAUGCACAUCCUAUAAUAUUCCUUGCACAUCUGACAUGGCUAAGCAGGCUCAGGUGCCUCUGGCAGCUGUCAUCAAGCCACUGGCAAGGCUGCCCCCAGAGGAGGCUUCACCAUAUGUUGUGGACCACGGCGAAUCUGGCCCCCUGCGCUGUAAUCGCUGUAAAGCAUACAUGUGCCCUCUCAUGACAUUCAUCGAGGGAGGGAGGCGCUUCCAGUGCUCCUUUUGCAGUUGUAUCAAUGAUGUUCCUCCCCAGUAUUUUCAACAUCUGGAUCAUACCGGCAAACGCGUAGAUGCUUAUGAUCGUCCUGAGCUGUCUCUAGGCUCUUAUGAAUUUUUGGCCACUGUAGAUUAUUGCAAGAACAAUAAAUUCCCCAGUCCUCCUGCCUUCAUCUUUAUGAUUGAUGUCUCCUACAAUGCCAUCAGAACUGGUCUUGUUCGGCUCCUCUGUGAGGAGCUCAAGUCACUCUUAGACUAUCUGCCUAGGGAGGGUGGAGCAGAAGAGUCAGCAAUCCGAGUCGGCUUUGUCACCUACAAUAAGGUGCUCCACUUCUACAAUGUGAAGAGCACUUUGGCUCAGCCACAGAUGAUGGUUGUAUCUGAUGUGGCUGACAUGUUUGUGCCACUGCUGGAUGGCUUCCUGGUCAAUGUCAGUGAGUCUCGGGCAGUUAUCACCAGUUUAUUGGAUCAGAUUCCAGAAAUGUUUGCAGAUACAAGAGAGACAGAGACAGUAUUUGCCCCAGUUAUCCAGGCUGGGAUGGAAGCUCUGAAGGCUGCCGAGUGUGCAGGAAAGCUGUUUCUGUUCCACACUUCCUUGCCCAUUGCAGAGGCCCCAGGGAAGCUGAAGAAUAGAGAUGAUAGGAAGUUGAUCAACACAGACAAGGAGAAGACUCUGUUCCAGCCUCAGAUGGGUGCCUAUCAGACUCUGGCCAAAGAGUGUGUGGCCCAAGGCUGCUGUGUGGACCUCUUCCUCUUCCCUAACCAAUAUGUAGAUGUGGCCACACUCUCUGUUGUUCCCCAGCUCACUGGAGGCUCUGUCUACAAAUAUGCCUGCUUUCAGGUGGAGAAUGAUCAGGAGCGGUUCUUGAGUGACCUUCGUAGGGAUGUACAGAAGGAGGUUGGCUUUGAUGCUGUGAUGCGGGUUCGGACAAGUACUGGUAUCCGUGCUGUAGAUUUCUUUGGGGCUUUCUACAUGAGCAACACAACAGAUGUCGAGUUGGCUGGAUUGGAUGGUGACAAGACAGUGACUGUGGAAUUCAAGCAUGAUGACCGGCUCAGCGAAGAGAGUGGAGCCCUACUGCAGUGUGCCCUGCUUUAUACCAGCUGUGCAGGGCAGCGUCGGCUCCGCAUCCACAACCUGGCCCUAAACUGCUGCACCCAAUUGGCUGAUCUGUAUCGAAACUGUGAGACUGACACGCUCAUCAACUACAUGGCCAAGUUUGCAUAUCGAGGUGUUCUGAACAGCCCUGUGAAGACUGUACGUGACACUCUCAUCACCCAGUGUGCCCAGAUCCUAGCCUGUUAUAGAAAGAACUGUGCCAGCCCUUCUUCUGCAGGACAGUUGAUCCUACCUGAGUGCAUGAAGCUACUCCCAGUUUACCUGAACUGUGUACUGAAGAGUGAUGUUCUGCAGCCUGGAGCUGAGGUCACUACUGAUGACCGUGCCUAUGUUCGACAGCUGGUUUCCUCCAUGGAUGUGGCUGAGACCAAUGUCUUCUUCUACCCUCGGCUCCUACCACUGACAAAGUCUCCCCUCGAUAGUACCACUGAACCACCAGCAGUUCGAGCCUCUGAAGAGCGAUUAAGUAGUGGCGAUAUAUAUUUGCUGGAAAAUGGUCUCAACCUCUUUGUCUGGGUGGGAGCAAGCGUCCAACAAGGUGUUGUCCAGAGCCUUUUCAACGUCUCCUCCUUCAGUCAGAUCACCAGUGGCUUGAGUGUUUUGCCAGUUCUGGAUAAUCCACUAUCCAAGAAGGUUCGAGGCCUCAUUGAUAGCUUACGGGCGCAGAGAAUGCGGUACAUGAAGCUUAUUGUGGUCAAACAGGAAGACAAGCUGGAGAUGCUGUUCAAGCACUUCCUGGUGGAAGACAAGAGCCUAAGUGGAGGUGCAUCCUAUGUGGACUUUCUCUGUCAUAUGCACAAGGAGAUUCGGCAGCUACUGAGCUAAAGCAAGUGGGUAAAUGGCAUAGGGUCCCAUGCCAGCUUCCAGGAAGUACCCCAGGAUGGCAGAGAAAUUGGGACAGUUCCAUAUCUUAUAACUCAUGUAAGCUGACCUCAGUUGACUUCUUUCGGGGGGAGGGCGAGAUAUAAGGUGACACCUUCUUUCUGGGCUCAAAUACCCUACCACUCUGUCCUGUCCUGCUGAUGGAAGGUGCCCCGGGACCCUUACUCUACCCUCUUUCUCCUGCUAAUCCUGUUGUAAUGAAUGUAGUUUCUCAGUUCACAGUAUAUGAUUUGGUGUUGGGGGUUUGGAGGCAGCCAGGCCCUAGCAAUAUUGUGUCCAUUUGGACCAGACUCCGAAUGGAAAGGGGCAGGCAGGAAGAGAAGUGGGAAUCCCAGGGUUAUUACAGAAGGUGGCAAAUUCAGCUCCGUGUCAUCAACAACUUCCUAUAUUAGGGAUAAAAUAUACAGGUGCACAAGAGUUUGGGUACAGACCGUAGGUGGUGGAGAAUAAAGUAGUUGGUCCUUUGGGGGUCCUGGUGGUCAGUAGCAAAAGCAUAGUUACUGAGGAUGGAUUGACUACUUGUCUCUCUACUUAAUUGUGCGUGCUCUCUCUCCCCUGCAAUGAUUGGUGAGCACUUCGUGGACAGAAGCACAUAGCUAGAGAUGAAUGAGCCUGGGGACAGAAUUGCAAAGCAUAUUAACACCCAGGGGAGGUGGCAGCCUCCUUUGCAGAUGGAGAAGCCCCAAUACCGGAUGGUUUUAUAGAGAGCCUGAUGGUCAACUUGCAAUACCUCACAGAGCCAGCCUACAUCCCUCUCAGCUCCCACCAGGAACACGGCUUCUGUAAACUGGGCGUUGUUGGGGAGAGGCAGAGAUGGCUGGAGCCCUGUCUUCCUGUGCCAGGACGUUACCGGGCUUUGGUAUUGACUGAGCGGCUGACAGUUAUCUUCCAACUCCAAUUGGCUGGGGCAGGACAAGGGCUAGGAAUGACGGUGGUCAGGCUUGCCUGCUCCCAGCCCGGGAUGCCCCUGCUCUGGACCUUUCAUUUCUUUUCAUUGGUUUAUUUUUCAAUGCAUCUUUAAUUUGUAAAGAAAUAAAAUAAGAUGUAACCAGUA